AUGUCCGCCCUCGUUCUCCGUGAGAGCAUAAACCACGUGGCAGCCCAGCUCAAAAACCCACACCUUGACGAUAUUCACGAGUUGAUGGUCGAUGAAGUGUUUGCGGCCAGGAUGGACAAAGUGUGUGAGCUGUGGUACGAAUUGCGCAUCAGCCCGUCACCGCGACCCCUGAACCGCUAUCGCUAUCACAAGAACAAGAACAAGAGGAAGACCAAGAACCGCCUUUAUAACCAGCUGUAUGACGAAUGGUGCCCCAAAGAUCUCAGCCCGGAGGCGGAGGCGAUCAUCUGGAACUGGGCCAUCCGCCCCGACUCCUUCUUCUUCAACCAGGUAGCAACCACGCCUAUUGUCGGCCCGAGUGACCACAGUCCCGAAAUUGCCACGCGGUCGAUGUUGGAUUCAGUUUGUCGCCUUUUGAACCAUCUAGAUACCCAAUUCACGGUCGAUUCCAUCCGUUGGCGAUUGCUCCUAUGCUUCCUCACGGAGUUUGUCGAUGAACAGAUCGCGGGCGUCAGCAGCACGGCCGAGAUAUGUCUCCUUCUAGUUCAAAGGAAGCUAGUCUCUCCCGAGCUAGAGCAGACGCUAGCCGCCAACCUCUCGAAGUUGUUGAAGGCUGGCCGCGGGUACUUAAGCCUGGCUAAAGAGCUCGGAGGCUGGGGCUCUCUUGUCCACCUCCCUCCCUUCGGCCGGACUACGUACGAACAUCACUACCACCCGGCUGGCCAGACGUAUCGGUUCGCGAUCAUUCAAAGGCUCAAGAUGCAGGUGCCAAAGGCGGCUAAUUACAAGCGCCAAGACGACCGGAACGCCUAUGAGGUUGCCGACGCCCUCCGCCAGUCCGAGGAAAUCCGGCCGUGGUCCGGCGGCCAAGAAACCCCGACACCCCUCCUUGCAUAUCGCGACGACGUGACACCCAUCGCCCCCCACAGACGCCUCCCCCGGCCGGCGGGACAAUGGGUGGGGAGUUCCCCCUUGUGGCAAGACCCGCGGUACCCCUCGCCGGCAGAUCAAUCGCGGUGGGACAGUGGCGAUCUGACGCCAGACGGCGCGUCUACGACACAGCACUCCUUCAUCACCCCCAAUGGCGAUGACUGUCACCUGAUCUUUCCUGGCUCCCCGGCCCCGCUCGUCGUCUAG